AUCAGUAGAAAAAAAAAUAGUUCUUUACUUCUUUCUACCGUAACAGCGACCUCUCUGUUGCUUUCCAUGUCCCCAAGAUCUUUCGUCGAAUGUAUCGUGCAAAUGCUCUUCUCUUCCUCACCUCAAAUUGAGUUCGCGGCUCAAAUUCAAAGAUUUUUCCGCACCUUCUGAUUCAGAAAUGCAGCGGUUUCUCCAUGUCUUGUCGAUGCUUCAACGCAGAACCGAUUCCACUUCUUCUGCUUGAGUGUUCGAGUUUAUGAGCGCUGCUUCUGCGAUGAACGCCACAACAUCGAUCCACCUGUUUCGCCAGAAUCAGACUGCAGUUACAGUUGCUUUCCAGCAGUUUGUUCAGACUAUUAAUGGCGCCAAUCAUCAUCAUCAUCCUCCCAGUGGUACGCAGAGGAGGAGGAUUCGUGUUGUUAAAACCAAUAAAAAUGUGAAGAAGCCGAAUAGUCUCGAGAUUUCUUCUCCUUCUACUGGCAACCUCGCUGCUGCUGCUAAAAUUAGCAUCAGUACUGGGAGUUCAGUCGGCGCUGAGACGGAGGCGCAACCGAAGCGGCCACCUCCGGGUGAACUGGAAGGGAAGAGGGAUAAUAGGUCGGUUAACGUGCGUGGUAUCUAUCAGAAUGGGGAUCCUCUUGGGCGGAGGGAACUGGGGAAGAGCGUGGUCCGGUGGAUUGGGCAGGCCAUGCGAGCUAUGGCCUCAGAUUUCGCUUCUGCGGAGGUUCAGGGCGAUUUCUCCGAGCUACGGCAGCGGAUGGGCACGGGGCUUACUUUUGUAAUUCAAGCCCAACCGUAUCUCAAUGCGGUGCCUAUGCCUCUUGGACUUGAAGCCGUCUGCUUGAAAGCUUGUACUCACUAUCCCACUCUCUUUGACCAUUUCCAGAGGGAGCUUAGGGAUGUUCUCCAAGAUCUCCAAAGCAAAUCACUUUUUCCUGAUUGGCGCCGCACUCAAUCAUGGAAGCUCCUCAAGGAGCUCGCUAAUUCAGCUCAGCAUAAAGCUAUAGCACGUAAGAUAAGCCAGCCAAAGGCUGUUCAAGGUGUUUUAGGUAUGGACCUGGAGAAGGCCAAGGCCAUACAGAACAGGAUUGAUGAGUUCGCAAACCGCAUGUCUGAAUUACUUCGCAUUGAGAGAGAUUCCGAGUUGGAGUUUACACAAGAGGAGUUGGAUGCAGUUCCUACACCAGAUGAGGGUUCGGAUCUUUCCAAACCCAUCGAGUUCUUAGUCCAUGGCCAAGCUCAGCAGGAACUCUGUGACACUAUAUGCAAUUUGAAUGCAGUUAGCACGUCUACAGGAUUGGGGGGGAUGCAUUUGGUAUUAUUCAGGGUUGAAGGAACCCAUAGAUUACCGCCUACAACCCUUUCGCCAGGAGAUAUGGUUUGUGUGAGAGUUUGUGAUAGCAGGGGUGCCGGUGCAACUUCUUGCAUGCAAGGAUUUGUGAACAAUCUGGGGGACGAUGGUUGCAGCAUUACCAUAGCCCUAGAAUCUCGUCAUGGUGACCCUACCUUUUCUAAGCUCUUUGGAAAGUCCGUGCGUAUUGAUCGUAUUCCAGGAUUAGCUGACACUCUCACUUAUGAGCGCAACUGUGAAGCUUUGAUGUUGCUUCAGAGAAAUGGUUUGCAAAAGAAAAAUCCUUCUAUUGCUGUAGUGGCUACAUUAUUUGGUGAUAAAGAAGACAUCAAGUGGAUGGAAGAGAAUGACUUGAUAGAUUUGGCUGAAACCAACAUGGAUGGCAUUGUGCUCAAUGGAGAUUUUGAUAAUUCACAAAGAAGUGCAAUUUCUCAUGCUUUGAAUAAAAAGCGGCCUAUAUUGAUAAUCCAAGGGCCACCUGGUACUGGAAAGACAGGUUUGCUAAAGGAACUUAUUGCACUUGCUGUUCAACAGGGUGAAAGGGUGCUUGUAACAGCACCCACUAAUGCAGCUGUUGACAACAUGGUUGAAAAACUCUCAAACAUUGGGAUAAACAUUGUUAGGGUAGGAAAUCCAGCACGGAUAUCUUCAAGUGUUGCAUCCAAGUCUUUGGCUGAAAUUGUAAACUCUAAACUUGCAAGUUUUAGAACAGAGUUUGAAAGGAAGAAGGCAGAUCUAAGGAAAGACUUGAGACAUUGUUUAAAGGAUGACUCGUUGGCUGCUGGCAUACGCCAGCUUCUGAAGCAGCUUGGAAAGACACUAAAAAAGAAAGAGAAGGAAACUGUGAAGGAAGUACUCUCAAGUGCCCAAGUUGUUCUUGCCACCAACACUGGAGCGGCCGAUCCUUUAAUUCGUAGGUUGGAGAAAUUUGAUCUAGUUGUUAUAGAUGAGGCGGGUCAGGCGAUUGAACCUUCUUGCUGGAUUCCAAUAUUACAGGGAUCCCGUUGUAUUCUUGCAGGUGAUCAAUGCCAACUUGCUCCUGUGAUCUUGUCUAGAAAAGCCUUGGAAGGUGGUCUUGGAGUGUCAUUGCUGGAGCGGGCUGCAACCUUGCAUCAGGAGACUCUAACCACUAUGUUAACCAUACAGUACCGUAUGAAUGAUGCAAUAGCUAGUUGGGCUUCAAAGGAGAUGUAUGGCGGAAUGUUGAAGUCCUCAUCAACAGUCUCUUCUCAUCUUCUUGUAAACUCUCCAUUUGUCAAGCCCACAUGGAUAACCCAGUGCCCCUUGCUAUUGCUCGACACUAGAAUGCCAUAUGGAAGUUUGUCCGUUGGUUGUGAAGAGCACUUAGAUCCAGCUGGUACAGGUUCAUUAUACAAUGAAGGCGAGGCAGAUAUUGUCGUGCAACAUGUCUGCUCUUUGAUUUAUUCUGGCGUCAGUCCAAGAGCAAUUGCUGUCCAAUCUCCUUAUGUUGCUCAGGUACAACUUUUGAGGAACAAGCUCGAUGAAAUUCCCGAAGCUGCUGGCAUUGAGGUAGCCACCAUUGAUAGCUUCCAAGGGCGGGAGGCGGAUGCAGUAAUCAUAUCAAUGGUAAGGUCAAACAAUCUUGGAGCUGUUGGGUUUCUGGGAGACAGUCGGCGGAUGAACGUGGCCAUAACAAGGGCAAGAAAACACGUAGCGGUGGUCUGCGAUAGCUCGACAAUAUGUCAAAAUACCUUCUUGGCGAGGCUACUGCGUCACAUACGAUAUUUUGGAAGAGUGAAGCAUGCAGAACCAGGUACUUUUGGAGGAUCUGGUCUUGGAAUGAAUCCAAUGUUGCCAUCCAUUAAUUAGCUCUGGUUGGCCAUUGUGAAGGAAAGAUGAAUUGUGUUUAAAUACUCAUUAAUUCAUGUACAGCCAUUCCUUUUGCCAUAGCAAAGAAAAUCACCCAAAACUAUUGUGCAUUGAUAACUUGUAUAUAAAUUUUGAGAUUACAAUGAAUGAUGAUACAUUUAUAUAGAAUCAUUGAAGCUUGGGGGGUUUAAACUCCAUGGAUUCAGAAA